GGCUUGUACAAUAUAAACACUACGGUUCCGCUGCUGAUCGCUUACACUCGACUUCAAGACAAGCCUUAUUCAUGUACCUGUUUUUUUUUUUUGGACUUUAAGAUCAUCUUCUGAAGAGUGGCAAGGCCCUUCAACACUUGAGGUGUUGUUGUGAGUCGCUUGACAGUCCGUCAUCUUCUUGCCUUGUUUAGCUCUGCAACGAACCAGGCAGCGCUCCGAACAAAAGCCAGUGAAUUUGACAUUGCAGAUAGCGUACAUGCGUUGUUUUUUUAUGUAUACAUUUCAGUAGGCCUACAGUUUUAUCGGUGAACAGUUAAACCUUGUCCAUAACAAUGAAUAAAUCGAAGUUAGCAAUCGGACUUUUUGUCGCAGGUACUCUGACUGCAGUGUUUGGGUUAGUUAUUUUAUUCGUUGGACCAAUCAUCAUUGACGACCAAAUAGUAAAGAACUUAGUAAUAGACCCUGAGAAUGAGUUGUCCUACACCAUGUGGAAGGACAUCCCUGUCCCCUUCUUCAUGUCUGUCUACUUCUUCAACAUCCUCAACCCCACCGAAUUCCUGGCGGGAGAGAAACCCAUGGUGGAGCAGAGAGGACCCUACGUAUACAGGAAGCGUCUUCAGAAGGAGAACAUCACGUUCCAUCCCAACCACACAGUGUCGUAUCUUGAAUACAGGAGCUACUUCUUUGAGCCCAGCAUGUCAGUGGGCAACGAGUCGGAUGUGGUCACCAUCCCUAACAUGCUGGUGUUGGGUGCGGCGGUGAUGAUGGAAAACAUGCCACACGCAGUGCGUCUGUUGCUCAGUGCCACCUUUAAGAGCUUUAAGGAGGGACCCUUCCUAAGCAAGUCUGUAGGGGAGCUGAUGUGGGGCUACGACAGCAAGCUGGUGGACUUCCUCAAUAAGUGGUUCCCUGGGAUGCUGCCCUCCACUGGCAAGUUUGGCCUCUUCUCUGAGUUCAACAACUCCAACACUGGUAUGUUCACCGUCCACACUGGGAAGGAUGACAUCCGGCUGAUUCACAAAGUCAACUCAUGGAACGGCUUGACCAAGUUGAUAUAUUGGAAUACUCCCCAGUGUAACAUGAUCAACGGUACAGCAGGACAAAUGUGGCCGCCCUUCAUGACCAAAGAGUCCACACUGCCGUUCUACAGUCCUGACGCCUGCAGGUCUUUGGAGCUGGUGUAUCAGCGUGAGGGGAUAAUGAAAAGGAUUCCCCUCUAUCGCUUUGUGGCUCCUAAGACUAUGUUGGCUAAUGGCUCAGACUUCGCUCCCAAUGAGGGCUUCUGUCCCUGCAGACAAUCUGGCCUCCUCAACGUCAGCAGCUGUAGAUCCAACGCCCCAGUGUUCAUUUCCCAACCCCACUUCUACAAUGCUGACCCUGUGUUGCUGGACUACGUACAGGGACUUCAGCCUACUGAGGACGAACACGGACUUUUCAUAGACAUCCACCCUGAGACUGGUGUGCCUCUGAAUGUGUCUAUCCGUCUGCAGCUCAACCUGUACAUGAAGAAGGUGUUGGGUAUCACGGAAACGGGGAAGAUCUCAGAGGUUGUUAUGCCCAUGAUCUGGUUUGAGGAGAAUGGCUACAUGGACGGAGCCAUCGUGAAAACGUUCCACACCAACCUGGUGCUAUUGCCAAUGGUGAUGGUGUACAUGCAGUACUGUUUCCUAGGCCUGGGCCUGGCCACUGUUCUGGGAGCUGUACUACUACACUACAGCGGGAAGAUCGUAAAAUGUGAGAGGACUGUCAUACCGGACGCCAGCGUGAGCACUUCAUCCAGCGAGCAAACCCCUCUAAUACAGGACCACGUGGACUAACACGCAUGUAGGGGGCGAGCUGCCUAGCCCAGUUCUGCAGGACACUCUGCAUGUGUUUUAUUGAGACUGAUAAUCACUGGAACUCCAAAAACCACUGAUUCUCUCCUGCUAUCUAUCUCUCUCUCCCUCUCCCUCUCUCUCUCUCAGCUAUAAACUCUCACCUGGUACAGUUCUCACCUGGUCGUGCAUCUGCUCCGGGAGACUUUGGAGACCUUCACUCUGUUCAGUACUCACCGGUCAACAGGGAAGGGCAGGACCCCCCCCCCGGUUGGUUCUGCUCUCUUGUGGUGUCCCAUCCAAUCCUCCAAUGAGGAUCCACUAUUGGAAUACAUCACCGCAUCCUCAGUCGCUGUUAUGUGAAUCCUUCCUUCGUCUGUUUGUCCUUCCAGUUCCUCCGAUGUUUUAACAACUUAGUAUCAUGUGUUUUUACUAUUCCUGAAAUGCCAUAGGAAACCACACCACUAGAUCUGUAUUGUCCUGCUUUCCUCUCCUCUGGUGUGUGUAGAAGUUGCCUGUAUGCACAGACCUAGGAUCAGAUAAUCCUACCCUUAGCCUUUUAGGGGAAGAAAUGUAAAAGUCGGCACCUAAAAGCAACAUCAUUCAACAAUAUCUCACCAGACCAACGACUCAAAAAGUGAACUUGUUUCUGUGGUAAAUUCCAGUCAAUUCAGGAAGUAGACAGUUGGAAUUUCAAUCUUCCAUGCUUUUCAAUUAGGGAAACUGAAAUUUGGUCUACUUUCUGAAUUGACUGGCAUUUAAAUGGGAUUUACCCCCAACUCGGGGACAAAGGCUUACCCACUCAGGCUGCCAACAACGCUCAUUGGUUACUUUUUUUUUUAAGAUGCCAUUUCUAGAAGAGGAUUUUGGAGCAUAUGCCAUGUUAUUUGAUCUUAGUGAUUUCACCACGAAGGGCCACCUGUCCUCCUCUAUAUUACUCACGGAUCUAAUUUAAGGGCCUUUCAAGACAUUUUCAGUAAAUUCAAUCAGCGCUUACAAUUUUUCAUUCAACACUUUUUUCUUUUUUUUUUUUAAUUAUGAAAUGCUCUUCUCCACUUCGACUCAUGGACAUCAGUCCAGUGAAAAGGUUAUUUAAAUGUGUGCUCCGAUGUGCCUCGCAAAUAAUAGGCUAUUGUCUUACCCGUGUUCAUAGCCUAGCGUGAGACUAAUUUUGAAAUAGAAGGGAUUCUAUGUUAUUUAUAAGGGUGGGCCUAAGUGGAUAAAACCGGAUCUGUUAUUUAUAUAUGAAAAUAGGCAAAUGCGUGAAAUAGUCAAACCAGUAUUUCCAGUCAAUGAUUUUUAGGAAUUGAAUUGGAAACAGAACUGUUCCCUGUUUCUCUGCCCAUGCAUUAUAGUUAGGCUCUAUAGACUAUCGAUAAUUUAAUUGUUCAUCAGAUACUUCAUAUACAAUUAAUAAUAUUCUCACCCAUUACGUUAUUGUCAAUUUAAUCUAGUCUUUAUGCUAAGUAUAUGUAAAAUUACUUUUGAUAUGGUUUAGGUGUAGUUUGGUUGGGCUAUUGGCUGCACAGACCUGAUGGGCAGGGGAAGGAAUGACAUCCUCUUAAUAUCAACCAGAAUUGAGGUUAUAAGCAUUGCGAUUCUAACAACGAUCACGUGUUGGACUUAUUUAGGACAGGGGUGCCGGCUUUAAAAAUAAAUGUCAAGAGUAAUUGGAGAAAGUGAAUUUCCAGUCAAAAUGACUUGUGGCCUCCUCGUCUCCUGGUUGCUGAUCCAGAGAAGUUACCAAGCCGGUUGUGAUUAUUACUGCUAUAUCAGGGUGUUUUAUGUUCAGGUCUCACUCCAUUCUAGCUCUACGGUUUAUUAUGUGUAGUAGGUCUUUAUUUUUGGGGGGGGUUUGGCCACCUAAUUUAUUUUUUUGCAAUUGUUAGGAAUGACGCCUCAUUCAGAGUAAAUUAGUUGACCUAGAAAUGUUCCUCUACUGAUGGCAUAGGCACCAAUAAUGACUGUUUUACUACACCGAUGUGCCUUUUCAAUUGGAAACUUCUCCUUUGUCCAAAUUGACUCCUAAACCCUUGCCACUCCGUGUAGAUUUGAGAGGAUUGGAGAGCUCUGGUCGCUCCAUCUUGCCCUCUCUGGAUUUUCACCAUACAGCAAAUGCUCAUGGGCGUCCAAGGCUCGGGGCCAGGGGUCAAUUUGGAAUGGGGCCGUUUAUGGUGUGUCCUGUGUAUUGUGACCAGGGGUGUUCAAACUAGGGGUGCUCAAACUUUUGGGCUUGGUGAGCCAAAAUAUAAUCGAAGUGGUGGGCCACGGGCUGAACGUAUAAGUAUUUAUUAAAAUUUAAAUUUAAAAAAAGGAUAGCUUUUUAGUAAGCAAACAUAAAAUCACACUUCAAAACAUUGUAGCCAUAACUUGAAACACAACUACAUUCUGAUUACCACCUCACAGGCAAGACAAUUUCGUGUGUCCCCCUCCCCGCAGGGGCCAUUGUACAAAUGUUGCCAUGACUUAUGCCAUGUUCAUCUGAGUGAGUGACUAAGUAAGCAAUCAGUGGGAGGCCCCUGGUGGUUAGGGCCCCUGGGCUCAUGCCCAGUUGGUAGUUUGGUGAUGAUAGCUGGCUAGACGAUCUAGCAAUAACAAAAAUGUUCCCUGACAUGGGCUACAUUACCAUGAGAGGCCAAACCAAACGUUGUCGGCCCUGCCAUAGACCAUACUGUACACAGUAAUAAUUCUGUGAUUGAAUGUAAAGCGCGUAGUACCUAAAAAUGCUUGUGUCCAAACUGUCUGUCUCAAAUGGCACCCUAUUCCCUAUAUAAUACACUACCUUUGGCCAGAGUGCACUAUUAGUGAUUAGGGAACCAUUUGGGACAUAUGUAUUGAGGAAUAGGGUGUCUUUUGGGAGGCAUAUAUUGGGAAUGGGGUGUCUUUUGGGAGGCAUAUAUUGGGAAUGGGGUGUCUUUUGGGAGGCAUAUAUUGGGAAUGGGGUGUCUUUUGGGAGGCAUAUAUUGGGAAUGGGGUGUCUUUUGGGAGGCAUAUAUUGGGAAUGGGGUGUCUUUUGGGAGGCAUAUAUUGGGAAUGGGGUGUCUUUUGGGAGGCAUAUAUUGGGAAUGGGGUGUCUUUUGGGAGGCAUAUAUUGGGAAUGGGGUGUCUUUUGGGAGGCAUGGAAUGGGGUGUCUUUUGGGAGGCAUGGAAUGGGGUGUCUUUUGGGAGGCACACAAGGGUCUGGAUGCGUUUCAUUGUGUGCUUUUUGACAACGCAGGAUCUGUGAAUGAGAGGCUGCUGUGAGAUUUGUGAAUUUGCACCAUCGUACUCCUUUAAGUGGCGAGGAUAAUUUUGUAAAUAAAUGUGCCAUGAAAUUGGCGUACAUUACUUCCA